UGAUUCGGCUCUGAUUCCCCGCAGCGGUCGGUCGGUCGGCGCGCUACAGUUGUCCGUCUCGUUGUCGCGGCUUCUCAUGUUUUUUGUUUGUUUUCGGCUCCAUGUUGAAGUUUUUCUUCUUCUUCUUUUUUCUUCUACCCGUUGAGCUCACAUAGUGAGCGCGCGCGCGCGCGCGCACACACACACACAUACAUACGCGCGCCAGCGCGCGCAGCCGUCGCCUGCAACGCAGCGGAGCGGGUCAUUCCAGGUUAAACCCCGGCGCGGCGUCCCGUCCAGUUUAACCGAGCGGAGGUCGCCGCUGGCUCCAGGCGGGGAGGAAUGCACAUGCACUGCGGCUCCGGAUAAUAUUGGAUAGGAGCUUCGUCUUGCAUAUGCGCCAUGGACCCUUUUUGAUCUUUUCCCUGCAUUGUGAAUCAUCAAAGACGAGCACAUUACAUUGUUAAAAAGGAAGAACCCCAAAGGACGCAGUGGACUCAAGAAUUCCACCGGCAGUGGAUUAGAGGGAGCUCCGGGUUGAAGCUCGAGGCCAGGUGUUUCUCUCGGGGAGCUCAGCAGCUCCUCUGCGCUGCCGGGAGUCCAGACAUCACCCACUUCCUCUGACAGGUAGGUACCCAGAUGCCUGAGGAGGCCCUGAGGAUGACGUCUUGGCCCUGAACCCCACCAGUAUGUCAGAGCCAGCAGAAAAUUGCUCCCCCGGCUGGAAAGACGAGGCCAUUCAAAAUGGGUACAUUCCAAGUUACCUAGACAAGGAUGAGCUGUGUGUGGUGUGCGCGGACAAGGCCACGGGUUAUCACUACCGCUGCAUCACCUGCGAAGGCUGCAAGGGUUUCUUCAGGCGCACCAUCCAGAAGAACCUCAACCCGACCUACGCCUGCAAGUACGAGGGCAAGUGUGUCAUCGACAAAGUGACCAGAAACCAGUGCCAGGAAUGCCGCUUCAAGAAGUGCAUCGCAGUGGGAAUGGCCACCGACCUGGUGCUGGACGACAGCAAGCGGCUGGCCAAGCGCAAGCUGAUCGAGGAGAACCGCGAGCGCCGUCGGAAGGAGGAGCUGCAGAGGACGGUGCUGGACCGCCAGGAGCCCACGCAGGAGGAGUGGGACCUCGUCCGCAUGGUGACGGAGGCCCACAUGGCCACCAACGCGCAGGGAAACCACUGGAAGCAGAAGCGGAAGUUUCUGGUCGAGGAAGCUAUGCUUCUUAAUGAAAUAACAUGUAAUUUAUUCUAUACUUCUGACCAGAGUGCAGCGGGGGUGAAGGAAAAUAAGCCCGAGGACAUUGGUCAAGCGUCCAUGGUCAAUACACCCGAAGGAAACAAAGUGGACAUAGAAGCCUUCAGUCAGUUUACAAAAAUAAUCACCCCUGCCAUAACCCGAGUGGUGGACUUUGCCAAAAAACUGCCAAUGUUUUGUGAGCUGCCUUGUGAGGACCAGAUCAUCCUGUUGAAAGGCUGCUGCAUGGAGAUCAUGUCCCUGCGAGCCGCCGUCCGCUACGAUCCGGAGAGCGAGACCCUCACACUCAACGGCGAGAUGGCGGUGACGCGCGGCCAGCUCAAGAACGGCGGCUUGGGCGUGGUGUCGGACGCCAUCUUCGACCUCGGCGUGUCGCUGUCGUCCUUCGACCUGGACGACUCGGAGGUGGCUCUGCUGCAGGCCGUCAUCCUGCUUUCUUCUGAUCGGCCGGGCCUGAGCAGCGUGGCGCGAAUAGAGCGGUGCCAGGAGGAGUUCCUGCUGGCCUUUGAACAUUACAUCAACUACCGCAAACACAAAGUGGCGCAUUUCUGGCCCAAGCUGCUAAUGAAGGUGACGGACCUGCGGAUGAUCGGCGCCUGCCACGCCAGCCGGUUCCUGCACAUGAAAGUGGAGUGUCCGACCGAGCUAUUCCCUCCUCUCUUCCUGGAGGUCUUCGAGGACUGACCCAUGGAUUUUUGUGUGUUUGCGUGCGUGCGUGCGCACAAGUCAGGUGGUCUCAGGGGCGGAAGCAGCCGGAGGCCGUGGCGAUGAACUCUCUAGUAGCACUACUGAGUGUCCCUUCUUGCCAUAGUUUAGGAGUAGCUCUUUGGUGUCGUUUUGGAUGGAACCAUUCCUCACAGUGCGGGUACAUGUGAAUAGCGUUUUGUUUUUUUUUAUUUUUGUUUCGUUGUUGUUAUUGUUGUGGAUAUAACCGCUCACCUCGGAUUUUACUAUAGUUCCUUUUUUUUUUUUUUUUUUUUUUUUUCCGGUGAUUGUACAGUUGACACAACGGUGAUUUUAUCAACUCUUGCUCAUUCAUUAGAAACAUGCAAAUACUGUGUUGCCCUUCUUUUUCAUGCUGAACGGCUGCUCACCCGAUUCAGAGACGCGUGUAAUUGUCAGAGAUCCGUCAGCCUUCCUCCCUUCUACUCGACUUUACUGGACCCAUUGGUUGGUGUGUUAACUGUCACGUGGUCGGUCAUCCACACGGCGAGCGUCUGAACUGUGCCUCACCGUCCCACUGUGACCCGACCCGCUAACAGCCACACUCGCCCUGAGGGACGCCGGCUCACGGGGCCUCUGGGGGUCCGCCGCGCCGAGCGCGAAUGCAACAGAACAGCAACACGAGGCAGAGCUGCAAUAAACCUUUUUUUUUUUUUUUCGGUUGAGAUAACUUGUUUUGAUGUCGCAUCUAAGGGGCAUCGUACACUUGUGACACUACACAACAAUGCCGGUUGAAAUCCUCAAAACCCACAAGUUCAGUAAAGAUCAAAGGCCCGAUGGCCCGAUCUGUUUGAAUCGUGAAGACUACAAAAGCUUGCUUGUUGGCAUAUGAAACUUUAGUAAUCAAUCAAUUGGUUAAUCAACAAAUCUCUUUGGAAUUUGCAGGAUUGGUUGGACAAAACAAACCAAUUUGAUGACAUCAUCUCGACCCUUAGGAGUCUGGCGUUUUUUCCUUUUUUUAGAUAUUCGCGUCCUAAAGCAAAGCUGUUGCAACGUCUGCUUUUAUAGAAAGAAAAAGGCGGAAGGAGAUCUCGCUUCAGUAAAUGUUUUUUUUUUUUUUGCCUUUUUAUCUUUGCAACGACCGUAGAAACCGUGAAACAGUGUUUCCGACAUUAACGGGAUCGCAGCCGCAGCUUUAAAACGGACCCGUUCAUCAUUCAGCACCAUCUAAAGCACAUCAUGACACCGACGUCAACAAAAGACAAUCAUGCAGUGCUCGUUUUUUGUGCAAAGAGGCCACGCGCUGUGCCAAAAUCCAGUAAAAUCACAGCCCCCAAUUCAUCGAAACACUGACCUCAUGGUGCUCUGGUGUAACUAAAUGGGUUUUUACAUGCAGGAACAACCCACUGAUUACUGUACACUAACACACACACACACACACACACACACACUGUAAACACAACACGCGGGUGAGACGCCACCACUGUGACAACCAGUGGCAUCCGGACGCCGAGUAAACAGCAGCGCGGUUCUUCAUCAGCGAGGUGCACUCAGAGAGAGAGAAAAAAGAAAGAACGCAGCGCUCUUUCCUUCCUUCUUCGCCAGGAUGUUGUUCUCUUGUUGUGGUUCUGAACGCCUCGCUCAAGGCGCUGUCGUUUGCAACGUGACAAACAUUCGCUCUGUAUAUCGAGCUUCGUCGAGCU